AUGGGCCCCGCCGCCGCUUGCAUCACGAUAGCGCCGAAGCACGCCAUGACAUAUCCUGUUUGCUCUAUCCCGGCUGCAGCACCAACCACAUCUACUGUGGGGUUCCUCGCUCUGGGACAGAGACGAUGUGAAGACAGCCCCUCCUCUGGCCAUCGAGCGUCGGCAUCGACUAGCAGAGGCCAGCUCUUUCAAGACACUGAGAGAGGAGGGACGCAGUUGAGAGACAACGCUAUCGAGCUCACAGAGUUCACGAGACCAGACCGCGCGGCGAUUGACGAACGCCAGCGCAAGUACGAAGAAAAGAAAGCCCAGAAGCGCCGCUGGCUCGAGGAGCAGGACGAGAUGCGCUUCUCGCACUCCCUCCAGUUCAACGCCGUCCCGGACUGGAGCAGCCACUACAUUGCCUACAGCAACCUCAAGAAGCUAAUCUACUCCCUCGAAAAGGCCAUCCAUCUUCCUCCCGGCGACGCCGAGUCGCGCCCCCUUCUCCAAAAUGAAGACCCCGAGGCCGUCUUCGCCCGCGCCCUGGACGUCGAGCUCGAAAAGAUAAGCUCCUUCUACGCACUCAAGGAGAAAGAGCUCUUCGACGAGGUCGAAGUCCUCCUCCGCGAUGUCGAGAAGUACGAGGAAGACGCGGUCGAGGACACCCAGCGUCCGUCGACCCGCGGCACGACGGCCUCUUCCCGGGGCCGCCCUCACAUGCGCAGCCAGAGCCUGCGCAGCCGCGACUCGACGACCGAGCAUGCCGUCGACGACAGCGACGACGAAGGCGGCGAGGAGACGACGGGCCUGACAAGCAGGCUGCGGCGAGUCAGUCGCGACUUCUCGCGCCGCUACAGCGGUACCUAUGACGACUAUGCCGAGCAGGCCGUGCUGUUUUCGGCGGGCAUCAUGCUCAAGAAGCGCAUGGUCAACCUCUAUGUGCAGCUGUGUGAGCUCAAGUCAUACAUCCAGCUGAAUCGCACGGGAUUCAGCAAGGUGCUCAAGAAGUUUGACAAGAUCAUUGAUCGGAACAUGCGGCCGAGGUAUAUGGAUAGUUUUGUGGACACGGCGUAUCCCUUCCUGCCCGAGACCAUGAAGGGGUUGGAGCAUCGCAUCGCACAGAUCGUCGAUGCGUACACGGCCAUCGUCACUCACGGAGACGCAGAAACCGCCCUCCGCGACCUGCGCUCUCACCUGAGGGAGCACGUCGUCUGGGAGCGCAACACCGUCUGGAGGGAACUCAUCGGCAUGGAGCGACGUGCCGAAGCGGCAACGCUGGGUCACCAACUCCUCGCUCGCGAGACGGACCAGCGCCCUCUGCUUUUGGGGGAUGAGGAGUACGUCUCGCCAACGAAGGAGAUCACGACGCCCCUGGGCCGGCUCGUCUGCCCGACCUGGCUCGUCACCUCCACAACCCUCAGUCUGCUCAUCAUCCUCAUCAUCUUCUUCGCCCUCCUCUCCCUCCCCAUCUUGUCGCAACCCGAGCAACAGAACUGCCUGGCCAUGUUGGUCUUCGUCUCCCUCCUCUGGGCGACCGAGGCCUUACCCCUGUUCGUCACCUCCCUCAUCAUCCCCUUCCUCUGCGUCAUCCUGCGCGUCUUCCGCUCCCCCGGCCCAGAGCAUGCCCGCCUGGGCUCCAAGGACGCGACCGCCGCCGUGUUUGCGGCGAUGUGGACGCCGGUGAUCAUGCUCCUCCUCGGCGGGUUUACUUUGGCCGCUGCACUCUCCAAGUGUAGCAUCGACAAGCGCAUCGCGACCUUCGUCCUCUCUAAAGCCGGCACAAAGCCCAAGACCGUGCUCAUCGCCAACAUGGCCGUCGCCGCCGUCGCCUCCAUGCUCAUCUCUAACGUCGCGGCCCCCGUCCUCUGCUUCGGCAUCAUCGAGCCCAUGCUGCGCAACCUGCCCGCCGGCUCCCCCAUGUCCAAGGCCGUCAUCAUCGGCAUCGCCCUCGCCUCCAACAUCGGCGGCAUGCUCAGCCCCAUCGCCUCGCCUCAAAAUGUCGUCGCCCUCGGCAUCAUGGAACCACCUCCGACCUGGGGCCAAUGGUUCUUCAUCGUCCUGCCCGUCGGGAUACUCUCUAUCACGCUCAUCUGGCUUUUGCUACUCAUCACCUUCCGUCCCGCCCGCGGCGGGACAACAAUUGUGCCGAUUCGUCCCGUGCGCGAUCCGUUCACCGGGUUGCAGUGGUUCGUGUCGCUUGUGACGUUGGCUACCAUCGCCCUGUGGUGUGCCUCGCACGCGCUGGAAGAUGUCUUUGGCGACAUGGGCGUCAUCGCCCUGUUGCCCAUCAUCCUCUUCUUCGGCAUCGGCGUGCUUACUAAAGAGGACUUUAAUAACUUCCCCUGGACGAUCAUCAUCCUCGCUGCCGGAGGCCUUUCCCUGGGCAAGGCGGUGAACUCUUCGGGAUUGUUGCAUACCCUCACGGAGGCGAUUACGCAAAAGGUACAGGGCAUGAGUUUGUAUGCCGUGUUGGUGGUGUUCUCGAGCUUGAUUUUGGGUAUCGCGACGUUUAUAAGUCAUACAGUCGCGGCGCUGAUAAUUUUGCCGCUGGUGUAUGAUGUGGGCAAGGGCCUGGACGAGCCGCAUCCGAACUUAUUGGUUAUGGCGGGCGUGUUAAUGUGUAGUGCAGCUAUGGCGCUGCCGACGAGUGGGUUUCCUAAUAUGACGGCUAUCAUGAAAGAAGACCCCGCCGGCCAGAGGUACCUGGAGGUGAAGCACUUCAUUCGGGUCGGUGUACCGAGUAGUUUGAUUACGUUGGUCGUGGUGGUUACAGUUGGGUACGGGUUUAUGCGGAUUACUGGGAUGUGA